AUGACGAUGAUAUUGUUCGUCUCUAUGAUGUACGAGUAUUGCACAAACGUGCUACUACAACCAAAUCCGGCUCCUAACCAGGCGUGCGGUGUUAAACAAAGAUCGCGAAGAAAGGCACGGACGUUUAGUUCACAAUUACUAUUACAUAUUAAAUAUACGUUUAGGUAUGAAUUUUUCCAAAAGAGAUAUGAUGUUAGAGGUAAGCGAGAAUUCACAAGGUUGCAGAAAUGUGCUGCUGCAAUUAAGCUUAUGGCAAUGGGAGAGUCGCGUGAUUCGAUUGACGGUUAUAUGAGAAUGUCUGAGAGAACUGCAAGAGAAAGUUUAUAUAGAUUGGCGAGGGGUGUUGUUGAAACCUUUGGUGACGUUUAUUUGUGCCAACCUCAGUUGAAUGAUAUACAACAACUAUAUGUGGCGCAUGAAGAAAGACAUGGUUUUCCGGGUAUGCUUGGAAGCAUUGAUUGCACACACUGGUACUGGAGAAAUUGUCAUGUUGCGUGGAAAGGCCAAUACGCAAGUGGUCAUCAUGGAAUGCCCUCGUUGGUUGCAUGUUCGAACAACGACAUGAACAUUCUUGAUCAAUCACUAAUAUUCGACGAUAUUUUGUCAGGAAAGGCACUGGAUGCUCCUUUCACAGUGAAUGGAAAUGAAUAUAAGUUUGACUAUUACCUUAUGAAUGGAAUAUAUCCAACAUAUUCCACGUUCAUAAAGGUGUUCCGACACCCAUUAACACCAAGAGACACAAUUUUCAAAAGAAAACAAGGAGCACGUAAGGUUGUGGAAUGUGCUUUUGGAGUUCUGAAGUCGAAAUGGCACAUGGUUGAACAUGCGACAUGA